AAUGCGACAGUUUGAAAGCAAUGCAGGUGAGAACUAGUUAGUAUGGAUGUUAACACAGCGUCAGUGGCUCUCAGUGGUCAAAAGUAGAAGACUGUAUGCCGCCAGAAAGGAUUUCUUUUAUUAUUAUCAAACUUUAAAGGCGGGCAUAACAAUCUCAGCGGCAUUGAUGGAGGUGUCAGUGUGUAGUAUAAAAGGAAGUCUUAAUGACCGGGCUUCCAUGGUCUCCGGGGGGUUUACUCUACUCAGGGGGGCGGUGCACUUCUCCAGACCCCUCCCGCCCCCAAAAGCCGCUCCACAAACAGUGACCAGCAGACAGACUGGCAGUCGGGAUCCUCUCCCACAUCCAGCGGUCACCGCUGCGCCCCAUGCCCGCGGCCUCUCCGGGACAGAGCGCCACCAAACGAGCGUCCGUGCGUUCAGCGAAGCGGUCAGCAGGCUGGAAGUCCGCGGCGUCCGGCCGAACAUGCUGGAAAACGGGAGGAAGGUGUACAAGGAGGGUCUGCUGGAGAAGCGGAGCGACGGGCUGCUGCAGCUCUGGAAGAAGAAGCACUGCGUCCUGACCGAGGACGGCGUGCUGCUGCUGCCGCCCAAGCAGCAUGAUCACCCGCAGCAGCAGCAGCAGCAGCACGGCGGCGGCGGCGGCGGUGGCGGCGGGGACGCGGGCAAAGUCAAGGAGCUCCACUUCGCCAACAUGAAGACGGUGGACUGCGUGGAGCGGAAGGGCAAGUACGUGUACUUCACCGUGGUCAUGACGGAGGGGAAGGAGAUCGACUUCAGGUGUCCGCAGGACGAGGGCUGGAACGCGGAGAUCACCUUGCAGAUGGUGCAGUACAAGAACCGGCAGGCGAUCCUGGCGGUCAAGUCCACCCGGCAGAAGCAGCAGCUGCUCGUCGUGCAGAUGCCCGGACAGAAGACCGUCCGGAGCUCCCCGAGCGUGGCGUGACCCGCGGCGAGGCUUCAGCGGUGAAUUCGACACUCAGCCGAGAAAGAAUAUGUACCCAGGCUUCAUCUCCCCCUGCUGCUGCUUCACCAAGCACCAUCCUCCAGGAGAACCCCCCCCCCCCCUCCUCGUUUCAUGUUGAGGUCUCCACACACCAGCCCCCACCCUUCGAUACAGAGACUUACUUCACAAAAGACUGAUGGACUAAAAGCAUGUGAGAGAACAUCUGUAUUCUACCGUGCAAUGGGUUUGUCCCUUAUUUAUUAGAUGUGUACAUAUAUUUUUUUAUAAAAAUGUUCUGUCUUUGAAUGUCAAGUGUGGGAGUUGCUGGAGUUGAACACAAAGCGUUCGAUCGACGUAGGAACGCCUCACAAACUGGAACCUGAGGGGAACGUUUUGUGAUGUUCCCUAAAGGUUGCAAAGCCUGAAACCUUCAAGAGAUCUCGAUGAGGGAAGGCUCACCUAAUGCCAUGGUGGUUCUUCUCGUAGCUUUUAGGGAGGAUUCUGCUGUUUCCUGGGACGUUGCCCAUCUUGGAAUGGUUUCUGUAGGUUAGUCGAACCAGCUUCUAAUGUGAAUAAAACGUGUCUAUACUCCUGGUUUUUA